GGAUACGGGCCGGGCCGCGCCGCGCCGCGUUUCAGUUUUGUUUCCGGCCGGAGAUGGCGGGGUCGCGGGUGAGGCUGUCCGUCGUGGAUCGUUAUUUUACCCGGUGGUAUAAGACAGAUGUAAAAGGUAGGCCCUGUGAAGAUCAUUGCAUCUUACAGCAUUCUAAUAGGUUAUGUGUUAUCACAGUGGCAGAAUCUCACCCAGUGUUACAAAGUGCCAGAAAAAUAAAAAGUAUUAGCUACCAAAUCAGUGCCAACUGCAGUCGAUUACAAAACAAGGUCUCAGGAAAAUCUAAGCGGGGUGGACAGUUCCUGACAGAACUUGCCCCGUUGUGUAGAAUAAUGUGUGAAGAUGGUGAGGAGUACACAAUAUACAGCUGUAUCAGAGGACGGUUACUGGAAGUAAAUGAAAAUAUUCUCCAGCGGCCCAGCCUUCUACAGGAAAAGCCUUCCACAGAAGGAUAUAUUGCUGUUGUGUUACCGAAGUUUGAAGAAAGCAAAAGCAUAACCCAAAAUUUAAUCAGCCAGGAGAUGUAUGAAGAUGUAAUUUUGAAGAGAGACAGUACAGCAGCAAAACAGUUAAAUGCUGACCUCCGUGAUCCUGUAUCCCUUGAUACAGCUUGAAGAACUGAAAGGCACAAAGAGCUUUCUGAAACCGAAGUAAUGACUUUGAAAUCUUUUUGAAACUUAUUGCUAAAUUUGUUCCCAUCUUGUGUAGGAAGUGUACAUCAUCGUUCAGUGCAUCACAGUAUAUGACUGUGCCUUUUGUAAAAAAGGAAAAUUUCCUAAAUAAUGCACUGAUUAUCUUGGGAUUUUAAACUUGCUUUCUGGCAACUCACAUUGAUGCUAAAUACAUAAAUUUAGUUCUA